ACUGGGCUGGCCGUUCGAGGGCCGGGCGGCGGCAGCGACUGGGGGGACUCCCGCGGCGGCGGCCGCAGCUCGGCGGGAUUAAAUUGGCCGCCCAGAGGCGGCGGCUUGGGCAGGAGCGGGCUGCGCGGCCGUGGCGGGGCGCGAAGGCGCUGGGGAAAAGUGCUGGUGGCGGCGCGGGAGGCGGUGGCGGCUGCUGCCCGGAGCCAACAUGACCAGGCUCUGAAAGAGUUCCAGCUGAAAUUCCAGACCGGACGGACUCGCUGCCACUUCAGAGGCGGUGACCCCAAACUGCCGGUGCUCGCUGCUGCCGAGCUGCAGGAUGGUGCACGUCGCCAGGCCGCUGUUGCUGCUCCUCGCUCUCUUCCUCCGCGCGGACGCCGACACACCUCCAAGGUUUACAAGAACUCCCGUGGACCAGACAGGGGUCUCUGGCGGAGUUGCCUCUUUCAUUUGCCAAGCUACAGGAGACCCAAGACCUAAAAUUGUCUGGAACAAAAAAGGAAAGAAAGUCAGCAAUCAGAGAUUUGAGGUAAUAGAGUUUGAUGAUGGAUCUGGAUCAGUUCUCAGAAUACAACCCUUACGGACUCCGCGGGAUGAGGCUAUUUAUGAAUGUGUGGCCUCGAAUAAUGUGGGAGAAAUAAGCGUAUCCACCAGACUCACAGUUUUGCGUGAGGAUCAAAUUCCUAGGGGCUUCCCUACCAUUGACAUGGGCCCACAGUUGAAGGUGGUCGAGCGGACGCGCACUGCCACCAUGCUUUGUGCAGCCAGUGGGAAUCCAGAUCCAGAAAUAACUUGGUUUAAAGAUUUCUUACCCGUCGACACAAGCAACAACAACGGCCGUAUUAAGCAGUUACGAUCAGGCGCCCUUCAGAUCGAACAGAGCGAAGAAUCUGACCAAGGAAAAUAUGAGUGUGUUGCCACCAACAGCGCGGGCACUCGCUAUUCUGCCCCUGCCAAUUUAUAUGUCAGAGAGCUGCGAGAAGUUCGCCGUGUCCCACCAAGAUUCUCUAUCCCACCUACUAAUCAUGAAAUCAUGCCAGGUGGAAGUGUUAAUAUCACCUGUGUGGCCGUGGGGUCACCAAUGCCUUAUGUGAAGUGGAUGUUGGGGGCAGAAGAUCUGACACCGGAAGAUGAUAUGCCAAUAGGAAGAAAUGUACUAGAACUGAAUGAUGUGAGACAGUCAGCAAAUUACACCUGUGUGGCUAUGUCAACACUGGGUGUCAUUGAAGCAAUAGCACAGAUCACUGUCAAAGCCUUACCCAAACCUCCAGGAACUCCUGUAGUGACCGAGAGCACAGCCACAAGCAUCACAUUGACGUGGGACUCUGGGAAUCCUGAGCCUGUCUCUUACUACAUCAUUCAACAUAAACCUAAAAAUUCUGAGGAACCUUACAAAGAAAUUGAUGGGGUGGCAACGACACGCUACAGUGUCGCUGGACUAAGUCCGUACUCGGAUUAUGAAUUCAGGGUUGUUGCUGUCAAUAACAUUGGGCGGGGACCUCCCAGUGAGCCUGUGCUAACGCAAACCUCAGAACAAGCACCAUCCAGUGCCCCACGGGAUGUACAGGCGCGGAUGUUAAGUUCAACCACCAUUUUGGUACAGUGGAAGGAACCUGAAGAACCAAAUGGACAGAUCCAAGGAUACAGAGUUUAUUAUACAAUGGAUCCCACUCAACACGUCAACAACUGGAUGAAGCAUAAUGUAGCUGACAGCCAAAUCACUACUAUUGGCAACUUAGUGCCCCAGAAAACAUAUUCUGUCAAAGUUUUGGCUUUUACCUCAAUUGGAGAUGGUCCUCUUUCAAGUGACAUACAAGUCAUCACUCAGACAGGAGUACCAGGGCAACCACUAAACUUCAAAGCAGAACCUGAGUCUGAAACAAGUAUUUUGCUGUCUUGGACACCUCCACGUUCAGACACCAUUGCCAACUAUGAACUGGUCUACAAAGAUGGGGAGCAUGGCGAGGAGGUUGGUCUUACCACUCCUUCCCAUGUACUCCAUGGCUUAAAACCAGAUACCACAUAUGAUGUAAAAGUACGUGCUCACACGAGCAAAGGGCCCGGGCCAUAUAGUCCCAGUGUCCAGUUCAGGACACUGCCUGUGGAUCAAGCAGUGUUUGCAAAAAAUUUUCAUGUCAAAGCAGUAAUGAAGACUUCAGUGCUGUUGUCUUGGGAAAUUCCAGAAAAUUAUAAUUCUGCCAUGCCUUUCAAAAUUCUUUAUGAUGAUGGGAAAAUGGUAGAAGAAGUCGAUGGCCGGGCUACCCAGAAGUUAAUAGUCAACUUGAAGCCUGAGAAGUCAUAUUCAUUUGUGCUGACCAAUCGUGGGAACAGUGCUGGCGGGCUGCAACACAGGGUAACAGCAAAGACUGCACCAGACGUACUACGUACCAAGCCUGCCUUCAUUGGGAAGACCAACCUGGAUGGCAUGAUUACUGUGCAACUUCCUGAAGUACCCGCAAACGAGAAUAUAAAAGGUUACUACAUAAUAAUUGUGCCUUUGAAGAAAUCUCGUGGGAAAUUUAUCAAGCCAUGGGAGAGUCCAGAUGAAAUGGAAUUAGAUGAGCUGCUUAAAGAGAUAUCUAGGAAACGCAGAAGCAUCCGAUAUGGGAGAGAAGUUGAAUUAAAGCCAUAUAUUGCUGCUCACUUUGAUGUCCUUCCCACUGAGUUCACCCUGGGGGAUGACAAACAUUAUGGUGGAUUCACAAACAAGCAACUCCAAAGUGGUCAAGAAUAUGUCUUCUUUGUGUUAGCAGUGAUGGAACAUGCAGAGUCUAUGUAUGCAACCAGUCCCUACUCCGAUCCUGUUGUAUCAAUGGAUCUGGAUCCACAGCCCAUCACAGAUGAAGAAGAAGGCUUGAUCUGGGUUGUAGGUCCUGUCCUUGCAGUGGUCUUUAUCAUCUGCAUUGUCAUAGCUAUCCUUCUUUAUAAAAGUAAACCUGACAGGAAGAGGGCAGAGUCUGACUCUAGAAAGAGCAGCAUACCCAACAGUAAGGAGGUCCCUUCACACCAUCCAACAGACCCAGUAGAACUGAGGCGCCUUAAUUUUCAAACACCAGGUAUGGCUAGCCAUCCUCCAAUUCCUAUCUUGGAACUUGCAGAUCACAUUGAAAGGUUGAAAGCAAAUGACAACUUGAAGUUUUCCCAGGAAUAUGAGUCAAUUGACCCUGGCCAGCAGUUCACAUGGGAACAUUCAAACUUGGAAGUAAACAAACCAAAGAAUAGAUAUGCAAAUGUAAUCGCAUAUGAUCAUUCCCGGGUUCUCCUAUCAGCAAUAGAAGGCAUCCCAGGAAGUGACUAUGUGAAUGCCAACUACAUAGAUGGCUAUAGGAAACAAAACGCCUAUAUUGCAACACAGGGAUCUCUCCCUGAAACAUUUGGGGACUUUUGGAGAAUGAUAUGGGAGCAACGGAGUGCAACAGUUGUCAUGAUGACAAAACUAGAAGAACGAUCCAGGGUGAAGUGUGACCAGUACUGGCCCAGUAGAGGCACAGAAACCCACGGGCUGGUGCAAGUGACGCUGCUCGAUACGGUGGAACUGGCCACGUACUGUGUGCGGACAUUUGCACUUUACAAGAAUGGGUCAAGCGAGAAGAGAGAAGUAAGACAAUUCCAGUUCACAGCCUGGCCUGAUCACGGCGUUCCAGAGCACCCUACACCUUUUCUAGCUUUCUUACGGAGAGUCAAAACCUGUAACCCUCCUGAUGCAGGUCCCAUGGUUGUGCACUGCAGUGCGGGAGUUGGCCGGACUGGUUGUUUCAUCGUAAUAGAUGCCAUGUUAGAAAGAAUAAAGCAUGAAAAAACUGUAGAUAUUUAUGGCCAUGUAACUUUAAUGAGAGCCCAGAGGAAUUACAUGGUUCAAACAGAAGACCAAUACAUCUUUAUCCAUGAUGCACUGUUAGAAGCAGUGACUUGUGGAAAUACCGAAGUGCCAGCUAGAAACUUGUAUGCCUAUAUUCAGAAGCUGACACAAAUAGAAACAGGAGAGAAUGUCACAGGAAUGGAGCUCGAAUUUAAGCGUCUAGCCAGCUCUAAAGCUCACACCUCAAGAUUCAUCAGUGCCAAUCUUCCAUGUAAUAAAUUCAAAAAUCGCCUUGUUAAUAUUAUGCCAUAUGAAUCCACAAGGGUCUGCCUGCAGCCUAUCCGAGGAGUAGAAGGAUCUGAUUACAUCAAUGCCAGUUUUAUUGAUGGAUACAGACAACAGAAAGCCUACAUCGCUACCCAGGGGCCCUUGGCAGAGACCACUGAAGACUUCUGGCGAAUGCUCUGGGAACACAAUUCCACCAUUGUCGUGAUGCUCACCAAGCUGCGUGAGAUGGGCAGAGAGAAAUGUCACCAAUACUGGCCAGCAGAACGAUCUGCAAGAUACCAGUACUUUGUUGUAGAUCCCAUGGCUGAGUACAACAUGCCACAAUAUAUCCUAAGAGAAUUCAAGGUCACAGAUGCUAGGGACGGUCAGUCCCGAACAGUGAGGCAGUUCCAGUUUACCGACUGGCCAGAGCAAGGAGUGCCAAAGUCUGGAGAAGGAUUUAUUGACUUCAUUGGCCAAGUCCAUAAAACAAAAGAGCAGUUUGGCCAAGAUGGGCCCAUUUCAGUCCAUUGCAGUGCGGGCGUUGGAAGAACUGGAGUUUUUAUAACAUUAAGCAUUGUUUUGGAAAGAAUGAGAUACGAAGGAGUUGUAGAUAUCUUCCAGACUGUCAAAAUGUUAAGAACACAACGACCAGCCAUGGUACAGACAGAGGACCAGUACCAGUUCUGCUACCGAGCCGCACUGGAGUACCUGGGCAGCUUUGAUCACUAUGCAACGUAGAAACCCCUAACCCACUGUGGGUUCUUCCUGCAGGCCCUUCAGUAUCCACGGAGUCUCUUCUGAGCCAUACAGGGCACUUGAGAAGUCCUUCUUAACUUCUAGCUAACUACCACUUAGUGGGACUAUUACACACAAAACAAAAUAAAAACAAACUCUUCUGGGUGGACCAAGAAUUCACAGUUUAAUAAUCUAACCUGAAAAAAUAAUAAAGAGAAUCCUGACUGGUGAGGCAUCUGAAGGAUUUUUACAGAUACCGCAAGGAUUCAAAAUAAAGGGAAGAAGAAAUCACAGCAAAGAACCACCAUCUUGUUCAGGAUUGCUUGUUAGGUGUAAGGAAAAAUUGCCAGAGUCCUGCAGUUCAGUGCAAGAUGUUUGCUGGUGUGGCUUCUUGUGACAAAUGGACUCUGCUGCAACAUCGUCCCUUCCCACCAUACUGCUCAUAAUAACAUUUUAGGGGGGGAUCGGGGGGAAAUGUUUAAAAAGAAAGUCUUUGAUUUAGUUUUUUAGUAUUGUAAAGAUACUGCUGACCUGUGCUUCAUUUUUAACUGUGUAAACUUUUUUUUAACAAAUGUAUCAUUCGAUAAAGUGAAUUUUAAAAAAGCUACAUAACUCUUCAUUUUUUAUUUCCAAAUUGUAGGUUUUUUUAAGCUGUAGAACUGUUAUCUGUAAUAUCUUGCUGUAGAAAUAUCCAAUAAUUUGAAAAUUUGCACAUUUUUGUGCAAUAUUCUUAAUCUACAGUAUCCGUCUUGUCAGAUAUUACUUUCACACUUCUGUUCAGUUUUGGUUGGUGAGAAAGUACCCAUUCUCUUCAAAUAGUCAAAGAGAACGUUGUUUUGUUCUGUUUUGUUUCUGGAAUCAACAGGGAGGCGCAAAGUAUAAAGUUGCUGCUAACAUACAUACAUAUAUAUCCAUAUUUUACAGGGUGUCUAUGUACAUAUAGACAGUGUGUCCACGCAAAAAGGUAGAGCUAUCAUUCAGUUCUUCCAUGAAUUAGUUUUGGGGUUUUUUAGUUGUUUUUUUGUGGUUGCUUUUAGGUAGAGAAGCUAUUAUAAACAUCUUUUACAAUUUGUUAUUGAUUUUAUGACAUGGGUAUUUCUUAAUAUCAUAAAAUUUUAAUUUUAAGGGAAAUGAGGAAUGCACAUCAGUGAUUGUCAAGCCUCACCCCCUAAUUUCCUAUCCAGUCUCCUCCCACCCACCUACUCAUAUUCACAAAUAUCCUUUUGUUAGCCAGGCUUCCAACAAAGUUCAAUAUUUCUAACACUCUAGUGCAAUAAAAAAAAAUUACUAAAUAUCUAAGAGGUGUGCAUGUGGGAAAGGUCAGUGCAUAUCCCUUUAGGAGGGGAGAAUGUUGUAAUAUAUCAGCUAUCAAGUUGUUUAAAAAAACAAUGUAUUCAAUCAUAUAUUGUCUAUAGUAUGUGCUAUGAAAUUUGCAUUUAUGAUAUGUAACAGGGGCAAAGCCAAACUCAUGUUGCUCUGUUCAGUCAGAAACAUUUUGUGGCAUACAGCACAACUGGGAAGUGCUGUACUUUGUUUUCUUUUGGUUUUAGUUAUGCAUUUAGAGUGCCUUAUAAUUGAUGCCUAUUUUAAUAGCAUUUCUUUUUAGCUUUCAGUUCAUAUUUUCAUUAGUUGUUCUUAUAUAUUACUUUUCCAGUUAAAGCAUUAUCUGUUUACCACAUGUACAAAAACUCUUUGAAUAAUAUGCAUUCCUAGUUUUCAACUAAGUCGGGGAUGUUAGUGAUUGUACCAGCCCAAAGCACUUGGAUAAUCAGGGCCCUUCUUUUCAUGGUUGCCAACAUCAGGAAAAGCUACUUGUUUUAUUUAGAAUCCCUGCCAAAUCUGUUCUGGAACAUUCAGUAACUGCACCAAACUUGUUUAGUGACGAAUAUCAUUGUCAACUUUGGAAUAUAUUUACUAAUCCAUUAGGAUUUUUCUAAAAGGGGAAAUUAAACAAUUAUCUAUUUUCCAACAUAAUCCCAAAUUUUCCAACAUAAUUUCUAUAGGAAGCCAUGGAAAAUGGCAUGAGUUUGCCAUAUAUUAUAUGAUUUUAAAGAACCCUCAAAAUAUCCAAGGAACUCUUAAAGAGUUUUGGUAUAGAUAUAACAUUUUGGUUUAAUUUUAGCUUCUUUGAUGUUCAGCAUAAAAGGAUUUUGUUUUCCACAUUUUACCAUCACUAGCAGAAUGAAAUCCAAGAGACCAAACACUUGCAAGCAUCAUAUUUGAGCACUUUUGUAAAAAAAAAGAAAAAAAGUAAGAAAAAAAGAAAAAAGAAAUAAUGUUAAAAAAAAAAAGUAUCUAGAAGGCUACCUCAGAAUGAGACUCUCUAACCUACAUCAGAACCAGAGAAGAAUGUGCACUAUGUGGAUCUGUUGUUAUUAUCUUUUAGUUUAUAUCUUUUGGAGAUUUAUCCAAGUGCCAGAUUACUGAGUGCUGUGAUUUUCAUUUAGUGAAACAAAGGGGGUCAGACAGACUUGCAGACAUGCCACGUUAGACAUGUAGAAUCUGAUGGUGUAUAUUACACACCAGAAUGACUGACCAAUGAGCAGUUUCUCUCCCUGAAAUGAAAACUGCCCAUUUGGCAAAGGGAAAGAGGAGAAUAAUCACAAGAAGAAAAUUAAUGGGAUGCAUACCAUACAAACGAGGCAGAGACUAUUCAGAGAUCUUAUUGUUUAGGCGCUGUUCCGAGAACUAACUCCCUUCCUGUCAUUGAUGUGCAUUCCACUCUGUGCUUUUCUGUACAACCAUUCUAGUUUGAUUUUCCCAGGUAAACAUCUUUAUCUACCAUUACCAUAAACUUUCAAGUUUCUAAUUAUUUUCAUCAUCAUAACCAGUACGGUGCUAUUAUUUACCUAUGUACGUGUAGUUAUGUAUAAUUUUGUAAUUAGUUACAAUGGUAAAAAAAAAAUCAAAAUAUAUAAAAAGUGAUUUGUACAGAACUUUAUUUUAGCUCUUUUUUAAAAAUGAUUUGCAUGGUUAGACAACGGCAAGGAUAGCCAGGGGAGGGAAGGGCCUCUAGGGAACUUUGCACUUUCUAUACCUUUGUACUAUGCACUGCCCUAUUGAUUCUACACCCAAUAAUGUUAUUACUUGAACCCAUCUGUAAGAAACUGCUUCAGAAAUUCAUUUGUGUGUAUGUAAAUAACACAACAUAGACACAGGAAGAGAAAAAAUUCUUCAGUAACAGAGAUUUUUUUCUUUCCUGUUUAUUUUUGGGUUUGCUUUGUUUCAGUCCCUCCUUUUUAUUUUUAAUUCCCUUUUAUUUUUGGGGGGGGGUUGGUUUCCUUUGGGUUUAUGGGUGCCCUGAUACUCCAGCAGAGAUCAGAAGGCUACAGAUCCAUCCUAUCCAUCUGCUAUGUGGCUUUGCCAUUCAAGCUUGGAGUGUCUUUACAAAGAUAAUAACAGUUGUGUUCUUUGCUCUCGUUUUGGAUGCAUAGACUGAAAAAUUUAAAAAAAUAACUUGUAAAAUGGCUUGUUAAAAAAAUACAAUUACCUCUAAUUAGUAACGCGUAAAUGUUUUACAGAAUGAAAGGCGUGCUUUUUAUUUUCUUACUUCGUUACAUUGGUGGCGAAAGAAGUCUGUAUGAAAAUCAGUUCUUUGCUGACACAAGUUCCAUUUGUUACAAAUGAAUUCUAAUAAAAAUGUCAGUGUUAUGCA